AUGGUCACCACACAAUGCCUCAGACCGCCAUGUCCACCACCACAGCCGCUAUGUUUGCGUAUGCCGCCACCUCCUCAGCCCAGAUGCCCUCGAAACGAAUCAUGGAGGACUUGUUCCACUCAGUGUGAACCAACGUGCAGCAACAGGAAUCCUACGUGUAACAAAGCCUGUGGACAGCCAAAAUGCCAGUGUGAUCCAGGAUUCUUCCGCAACCGUUCCGGAUCGUGCGUACGUAGCUCGGAAUGUCCGAUGAGGAACAGCCGAGAGUCGCUCGAAAGAGACAGCCGCGAUUCACGAGAACGCAUCAGGGGCUGA